GGUGUUAGCCGAGGAAACCAUUAGCUGACGCUAACUAACAACAGAAGAACCGUCACCGCUGACUCGUGCGAGCGGGACAGACAUGGACCCACACCACCAAAGACUGGACGCGGUUUUAAAACCGGAAGCGAAGCAGAGAAGAGCAGACGUCCAGCAGCUGUUGAUGAGUAAAGACAAGGUUCCCCCUGAAGGAACCCCCCACAUUAAAGAGGAACAGGACGGGCUGGAGGAGGCUGAUAUCACCAAGUUCACAUUCAGUCCUGUCCCUGUGAAGAGUGAAGGGGGUGAAGGUGAAGACGUCCAGCAGCUGUUGGGACGUAAAGACGAGGAUCCUCCUGAGCAGCAGGCGUGUAGUCCCAGUCUGGACCAGGAGGUGUCACCAGAGCUGCACAUUAAAGAGGAACAGGAGGAGCUGUGGACCAGUCACUCAGAGUCAGUCUCGAACUCAAACAGGGGACAUUUACGACCUGAUGCAAACAACAAGACUUCAGACUCUCCAGAACUGAAAACUGAAGACAGCGAUGAUGAUUGGACGGAGACCACAGAACCUCAGUCUUUUUUAAAGUCGUUGAAAAUUAUCGAAGUCCCUGUCGGUGAUAAGAGACGCAAAACUGCCAAGAAAACCUACAGCUGCUCCGAGUGCGGCAAGAUAUUUGGCCGCAGCCCACAUCUAAAGAUACACCUGAGAACUCACACAGGUGAGAAACCGUUCAGCUGCUCCUUCUGCGGCAAAAGUUUUACACAAAAGGUAAAUCUGACGUACCACAUGUCCGUCCACACGGGAGAGAAACGGUUCAGCUGCCGCUUCUGCGACGAGAGGUUCACGUGGUACACGCAGCUGAAGAGUCAUCAGUGUGUUUGUGAGCCAUCGCUGCUUCAUCAGAGCGAGAGGGAGGAGGGUCCAGAACCGGAGUCUGCCGAGAAGUCUUUCAGCUGCUCCGAGUGCGGAAAGAUCUUCAGCCGGAAGGACAACCUGAACAUCCACAUGAGAAUCCACACGGGAGAGAGGCCGUUCAGCUGCUCCGUUUGUGCCAAAAGCUUCAAACACGGGGGACAUCUGACGCAGCACAUGUCCGUCCACACCAAGGAGAACAGGUUCAGCUGCGCUGGGUGUGACCGGAGAUUCACCUGGCUGUAUCAGCUCAAAAGACACAAGUGUGGCAACGAGUCCUCGCAGCUUCACGAACUCUGGACGAGUCGGGAGGGAGAGCAGCUUCGAGGGCCGGAGGGGGCCGAUAUCACUCCUGUCCCUGUGAAGAGUGAAGAAGAGGAUGAAGAGAAACCUCAGUCCUCACAGCUUCAUCAGAGACAAACUGAACAGAUGGAGACUGAAGCUGAUGGACUGGACCGUGGAGGACCAGAACCAGAUAGACCUGAUGCUGAUGAUAAGACUGAGGAGUUUAAGGUUGAUAUCAGUGAUGAUGGUUGGAUGGAGGCCAGUGAACCUCAGUCAGGUUUAAAGUCUGUGAAGGCUGACACAAGGUGUAACACCGGCAAGAAAUCGUUCAGCUGCUCUGAAUGUGGGAAAAUAUUUGGCCGGAAGGAACAUCUGCAGACACAUGUGAGGAUUCACACCGGAGAGAGACCCUUCAGCUGCUCCGCCUGCGGGAAAACAUUCGGCUGCAAGAGGUCGCUGCUGGGCCACAUGACGAGCCACACCGGGGAGAAGCCCUUCCGCUGCUCUCAGUGUGGGAAGAGAUUCGGCCGAAUGGUGAAUCUGAAGACCCACGAGAGGCUUCACACCGGCGAGCGACCGUUCACCUGCCCGUUCUGCAGUAAAGGCUUCACACAGAAGGUUCACAUGACUCAACACAUGGCCGUCCACACGGGGGAGAAGCAGUUCAGCUGCAGCAUUUGCGAUAAAAAAUUCACCUGGCUUUCGGGGUUCAGGCGACAUAAAUGCGGCAGCGAGCAGUCGGAGCUCGACGAGAGCCAGGCCGAGGAGAACCCGGAGGCGGAACCGGGUGAGAAACCGUUCUGCUGCCGUCUGUGUGGGAACAGAUUCAACCACAAGCACAAUCUGAAGGCUCACAUGAGGAUUCACACGGGAGAGAAACCGUUCGGCUGCUCCGUCUGCGGGAAAGGCUUCACCGCGAGCGGAGCUCUGAAGAAACACCUGAGAACUCACUCAGGUGAGAAACCGUUCGGCUGCUCCGUGUGUGGCGUCAGAUUCACACAGGGAGGAAACCUGAAGCGACACAUGGCGCAGCACGCGGGGGAGACCCGCGAGAAACCGUUCGUCUGCUCGGUCUGCGGUAAAAGCUUCACACAGGUGUCAAACAUGAAGCGACACAUGACGCAGCACGUCGCCGCUGAGCCAGCUCCGUCACGGGAGGCAGGAAGGGAAGCCGCGAUUGGUUCAAACCUGACGGAGGAUCAGCGGGAAGACGCCACGAGUCAGCUGAUCACUGACAGGACUCACGACUGACAGCAGAGCAGAAAAAUAUAAAACACAUGUUGUUACGUCUGUGUUCGUGUUAGACGGCAGGUGAACUCUUCAGUGUAAAGACUUCACGUCAUGACAGGAAACCAUCAGCCUCACCUGUGAGACAACUGUCACACCUCUGCACCACUGACCAAUCACCACAGGCCGCUGCAGGCAGUGGGCGUGGUCAUCAGCUGCGUGUGUCUGUCGGCGUAAACGGAGCCUUUUUCUGCAAAACAGUCGCUUGUGUGUGUGUGUGUCUGUGUGUGUGUGUGUGUGUGUGUGUGUGUGUGUGUGUGUGUGUGUCUGUCUGUCUGUCUGUGCGUUCAUGCAUGUGUGUGUGUGUGUGUGUGUGUGUGUGUGUGUGUCCUCUACAGGAAGUUAAUGCCUUGUAACCUCAGAUUUCAGAAUAAAGGUCUUGUGUCUGCUGUGUUUGGUCAGUCGUGGCACAGAGGAAGAAGAUGAAGAGGUUUUAAUGACGUUUGUUUUUUUAAUGGCUGCAGCUCAGCAUUAAUCAAACGAUUGAUCUUUCUAAUGAUGAUUUCCUUGAUUCAUUGAUUAUCUGUUUGGUCUGUAAGAUGUCAGAUAAUAUUCAUCAACAGCCAUCAGAGACGACGCUGACGUCUGCAGACGUUUAGUUUCUCACAGAAGAAA